GUGAUGUACGUAUAAAACUGUAUACAAACACAACCACCGUUUAACCGUUAAUUGAAUAUAUACAAGACAAAGACACCUCUUCCCAUCUUCAUUUCUUGAAGCAAACGACGACGUUAACUCCUACCCCACCCUACCAAUACAUUUCCUAGUUGUUGUUGCUUCAGAUCUCUACCUUCUUCUCCACUAGUAGUUAGGGUUUCAUUGUCUGAUCUCGCUUUUCUAUCUAUAUUAUUACUAUUUCUCCAACUUACAUACAUAUACUUGAGGAGAUUCGUACUUGUAUAUCUGGAUAGAUCGAAUCAUCGAUGCGAAAAUUGAACUACGCAUCGUGAUUUGAUUUGGGUUUCUUCUGCUCUAUUGUUAAGGCAUUGGUGAUUCCCGAAUCGAAAUCCGCUUGUUUCAAUCAAAAUGGUGGCUUCUGGACCUCUUACACCUGGCCAGGUGUCCUUUUUGCUUGGAAUCAUCCCUAUAUUUGUUUCUUGGAUUUAUUCUGAGUGGCUUGAAUACAAGAAGUCUUCUUCCCCAUCUAAACUACAUUCAGACAAUAGUUUGGUUGAAUUGGAAACUGUGGUAACUAAGGAAGAUGAUCGAGUUGUUUUGCUUGAAGGAGGCCUCACAAAGUCUGCAUCAAUGAGACAACCUGCUGCUUCCAUUAAAGCAAACUUAAUUAGAUUUGUUACAAUGGAUGAGUCCUUUUUACUUGAAAAUCGAGCAACCCUAAGGGCAAUGUAA